UUAGUGAGGGAACUUAGUGGCUCAAAGUCACUUCAGCUUUAUAACUUCAGUAGCCUGACUAUUAAAAAGAGAAAUGCAAUUCCUGCAUUCCACAUUUUCAUUUGUCACUUCUGACAUUUAAUCAAUAUUUGACUGGAAAUCACAUCUAUCGAUUCUUCACAAAGUCAGAGCCCCUCGUGUUAAUCUGUGGAUUCUCAGUAAUGGCCGUCCGGUACCGGUGGCUGCUUCCGGCCUGGUUGUGGGUUGUUGGACCAGGCGGACCGCACUUCAGCCGGAUCUCUGGGCCCGGACCCGGACCCGGACCCGGCCGAGUCUUUGCCAGAAUCAUUUGAAUAACAGCAGAAUAAAGUAAACUGGGGAACAAAGAAACGCAGAAAACUUUUCGUACCUGAGACAGUUUCAGAAUCGCACGAACAGGAAACGGGGCGUGGAGGGAAAAACCAGAGGUGCGCACAUCUGUCUUCUUUAAUGCACUGCGCACAUACGGGCAUUUCGGCCUAAAGGCGCCAACUUUGCUUUAAAUAUGGAAGACAAAAAGCAGGAAGGUCGCAGUUAAUCCAUGUCUGGUUCUGAGAACAGUCCACGGUCCAAACACUCUGAAACUCCCACCAGGAUUUAUACGCUGUCUGCACGAAGAAAUCAACUGUCCGGUACCGGAGUCGGAGGCUUUGAAUUUACCUUCUCAGCAAAGUGGUUCGAGUGUUGUUUGGCCGCUGUGGGACACCGUAGUUUUGAGGAUUCCUGUUAACAGCACCUGCAGUUGGAGCUGUGCGGCUCCCUCCUUUGAAACUGACAGGAGCUUCCUGCAGAACUUGCACCUGACUGACUUAAUAAUGGGAAACCAGAAUCCACCUCAGGCCAGUGCCACACCACAACAGAACCGGCAAGAAAUGACUUCCUCCUCUGUCUUCCUCUCACCCGUUCUCCACCCCUCUCCUCCUGGUUCUUCAUCACAUAUUAUUCUCCUCUCUCCUCUUAACUUCAGCUCCUUUCUGUCCCUGCCUCCUCUCCUGGUCCACAGGUCACACUGUCAGCCUGCAGACCUACCAGCAGGUGGUGAGGUUGUGCCGCUCCUGGCUGCGACUAAACCUCACCUACGUCCCACCCGCCCAGCUCACCACAGAGGAAAUGAGCUGAGCAAAAAGAAAAAAAAAAAAAACCUCUUGACACAUGAGAGCAACUUCAUUUAGUUGUGAUGUAGGUUUCCUGCGGACACAAAUUCAAACAACUGCAUUAAACUUUUUCUACAGACAUCUGAGGAGAAGGGAAACAGAGGCAGUAUGGGAGCAUCUUCUUCUGGCCUGUUGGAUGAGGCCAAAAUCAGCCACAUUAAAGGACUCGUUGACGGUACGUUCCAGAGCUUCAGUGAGUUCUACCGUCAGCAGUACUCCACGGCUUACUUCGGACACAUACACCAGGAGGUGGAGCCUAAGAAAGAGGGGAGGGGCCUGUUGCUCACACGCAGGCCUCAGUGCGCUCCAGAGGAGGUUCUAUACCAAGGCAACGUGAAGUUCUCCUGCUGGGAGGAGCAGGGAAAGAAAUGCAGAGAGAAGUACGUUGUCGUGAGGAGAGACUACACAGUGGAGAUACAUGACAACAUGGAGACUUUCAACCGUGGAUCUGUCGCCAAGUUGGUCCUCCAGCCAGCGGGGGGCAGCGUGCUGACCACAGAGGAAGAGUCCCGAGCUCACCUGGAGAAAACUUGUGCUGGAAUACUCAACGGCGCAAAGGAGGAUUCUUCUUCGGUGGUGUCAUCUCCAGACGAGUUUGCUGUGUAUUUGCACCUGCCAUACACAGGCCACACCUGCUUCCUGUUCCAACAGGAAGAGGAGCGUGGUCACUUCCUGUCUGCCCUCAAGACCUGCAUUAGACACCGCAACCUUGACCCCUGGUGUGAGUCUUCCUACGAGAGCCAGGCGUACAUCCGCGCACUGCUCCUCUACCGGCAGGACAAAGGAUGCUAUGAAUCCUGGGAAAUGCUGCUGGGCACUGAGGAACAAGUGCUGGCCUCCCAGGUGAUGGAGGAAGUGUUGCCAUGGUUACAGAGUCAGCUUCAGUCCAGACUGAAGGGCAAGAAGGCUGAAAGGAUACGACAGUGGUUGGCAACGGUUCAGGCAACGCACACGUUGGUUCUGGAGCAGCUAACCGCGGGUCUGGAGGCUCUGAGGGGGGCGUGUCGUCAGACGGCAUCAGCCAAUCAGGCGCUCAUCAGAUCCAACCUGGACCAGAUCCUGUCGUCUCAUUGUUUCCUGGAGCAGAAAGUCAGAGUGUGUAUAUGUGAAGCAGCAGAGAAAGUGUACAGUGACUCUGUAGCACCCUACCUGUCCUCCAUCCUGGAGGUGCUGACAGAAAACAUAAGCGUGGGGAUUCAGGGGAUGCAGCACACACUCCACACACAGAUGGACUCGGCCUUCAAAUCCACGAACGGAGGAUCAGAGGAGACAAAGAAGGCCUUGCUCGCUCUGCGCUCCAUCAGUCUGGAUCAGAACUACAAGCAGGUGAAGAACCUGACGGAGUUACUCAAAGACUUGAAACAGCGGUUCGGGCUGAGCAGCGUCCAGAGGCUGGUGCACUCGGCACAUCUGGAGAUGGAGCAGCUGUUGGACAGUGCUGUGUACACCUUUGAACUGUUCCUCCAAUCGUCAGCCAAACUGCAGCCCUCGCUGGUUCCUGUCAAGAUGGAGAGAGCGAAAGAGCGAGUACUGAAGCAGCUGGACUACGACAGCAGGGUUGUCCAGAGGAGGCUGUAUGAGGAGGCUCUGCUGGAGAUCACGCUGCCUGCUCUCACCAGGAGGAUGGACAUCAAGUGGAAAAGUGAGCUGCAGCAGUUUGAGCAGUACAUCUUCUCUGACUACAGCAGCUUCAUCCUGGUUCAUAACGUCUAUGAUGAUGUGUUGAGAAGCAUCCUCAGCAAGGAGAUAGAAACAGUGGUCCAGGAUGCUGCCAGUAAGAAGAGCAACAAUCUCUUACUGGACAUUUCAGAUCUGACCAUCAGUCAGUACAGUCUGUUGGGACAGACGCCUCCUUACUCUGCACCAGGCAGCCCGGCCGUUCAGGCUCGACACCCGGAGGAAGAAUCUGCUCCUGUGGCGGAGGAGGGAGGUCAGACGGUCACAGCUCGGUCUCAGAGCGACCCUGAACUCAACACUGAGGUCAAAUCUGAUCCCAGUGCUGCUCACAGACCUGAGCCGAGCGCAGUGCUUCUGUCUCCGGUGAUUGUCGUCACACAACAGUUUGAUGAACCUGCAGCAGAGGAGGCUUCUGGUGUGGAGGAAACCCGUGAAGACGUUCACCGUGGAACUGACACACCGUCGACGUCAGCUACAGCUGCGUCCUCCGACUCAGACACACCUGCUCCGGAUGCAGCCGCUGCACGAGAAGCUGGAACACCUGACUCCCCUGCCAUCCCAGAAUCCACUCAUCCCAUCCAGGACGGUCCUGAGCCUUCAGUCUCCGCUCCGUCCUCUACCACAGAUGUGACAGCUGAACCUGCUCAAAGUGACCGACCUGCAACGCCUGACAACCCUGCUACCUCAGAUCAAACAUCAGAGGACACUUGCUGCACCCAGCCCUCCUGCCCCUCGCCGCCACACCCACCGUGUCCCGACAGUCCCGUGAAAAUCAGCCUCGGGACACUGAACGAGGCGAUUGGUUGCGACUCGACGGCACCUUCUGUAACGCAGCCGACGGCUCAGCAGAGCACUGACAGAGCCGUCUACCUGACGGGACAAAUCAAAGACAGCUGGGAGGUGGAGAGGGCGAAAGAGGAGAAGGGGAGAGAGGCUGAAGCAGGGGAGGAGACUGAACGGGGGGGAGAGGAUGAAGAGAAAGGCGGCGAGCUUGAGAGAAGAAGAGAAGAUGAGGAGGAAGCAGAAGAGGAGACUGAACGGGGGGGAGAGGAUGAAGAGAAAGGCGGCGAGCUUGAGAGAAGACGAGAAGAUGAGGAGGAAGCAGAAGAGGAGGACGAACGGAGGGGAGAGGAUGAAGAGAAAGGCGGCGAGCUUGAGAGAAGACGAGAAGAUGAGGAGGAAGCAGCGGAGGAUGAAGAUCAAGCAGAGGAAGAGGAAAAGGAGGAACAAGUGGAAGAGGAGCUUCUUGAAAACCCUCAGCCAAUCGAAUCACAACCUGGAAGUUCUGAGCCGCCAUUGGACAGUGUGGCUCUCAUCAGAGACCUGGUGACUGAGAUCGUGGAGGUGGAGACGUUGGUCGGCCAGUGUGCCGACAGCAGCGGUACACCGUGACAGACUCGUUGCCAUGACAACUGCAGAUCUUAUUAAGUGGAACGAUAGGUAAGACGGGAAGUGAGAAAGUCCAGAAGUAAGUAGGUUACACCUGCGCCCUUUUUACUGCAUCACGUUUAUACUACUGAAGAAGAAAAAACAUGUUUCUAAAUAAGAUAAAAUCUGUGAUAAGAAAUUUUUUACUUUGCUGUAAACAUCUGCUGUUUGCUUCUCUGUUAACACUGAAAUGGAUUAAAUGACCCAAUAAACUGUUAACACUUGACGACA